AACAUCAUCGCCCCACACUGUCAGUUACUGACCAGGUGCCGGUCUGCGUCCACUCCCUACCACAGCUCCUAGCUGCUCCUGCUGCUGCUGCUACUGCUGCUGCUGCUCCUGCUGCUCUUGCUGCUACUGCUCCUCCUCUUGCCGUUGAAAAUCAGCCCAGCAGUGACAACAUAACUCUGCCUUAGCAAGGGCGUCAACUUUGUCCUGUCAUGAUGAGCGGGGCAGGCCGAGGUGCCUCACUGUUGUGGGGAACCAUGAUGCUGGUCCUCCUCACCUUCCCCACCGUCACGUCCACAACCACGCCCACCGUCACGUCCACAACCACGCCCACCAUCACGUCCACAACCAUGCCAGCCACUAAUGCAUCCACGGGUGAGGAAGAGGGUGACGUGCGGCUGCCUCGGACACUCAAGCCGCUCCACUACCUGGUCAGACUUCAGCCCUUCAUCAACGGCAACUUCAGCAUCCAUGGCCACGUUGACGUCGAUCUUCUGGUGCUGGAAGCCACUCGUUCCGUCAUCCUCCACAUGACGGACAUCAUCACUCUCAACCAUACCACCAAGCUGGUGGAGUCUGAGAGCGGACAAGAGCAGUUGAUCCUGCAGCAGCAGUACUCCUCCGCCAGGAUGCUGUACAUCGUCCACCUGCAGAAGGCGCUGGUGGAGGGCACCAACUACACUCUCUCGCUCGACUUCGUUGGCACACUGGGCGAGAUCCCCAGAGGCUUCUACAGGUCCUCCUACAUCAAAGAAAACGGAGUAAAGAGCUGGGUGGCGUCGACGCAGUUCCAGGCGACGGACGCGCGACGCGCCUUCCCAUGCUUCGACGAGCCGGGUCUGAAGGCCACCUUCAAGAUCUACCUGGCGAGGGAGGAGCACAUGACGGCGCUCUCUAACAUGCCCCUCGUCGUCUCCACUCCCAUAGAGGACCAGGAGGGCUGGUUGUGGGACGAGUUCCAGCUCUCCGUCCCCAUGUCCACCUACCUCGUCGCCUUCGUCGUCUCCGACUUCCCAGUAAGAGUCAUCGGUGAAGCCACCAACGGUACCCUUCUUAGAGUUUGGGUUCGCGAGUCGGAAGAGUCUAAACUUCACUAUGGCUCCGAAGUGGCCCAGAGAAGCCUAGAAUUCUUUGAAGGAUUCUUUGGCGUGGACUUUCCUCUCCCGAAACUCGAUUUUAUUUGCCCUCCUGAGAUGAGUCCCAACGCUAUGGAGAACUGGGGGCUCGUCACCUACAGGGAGUCUGGGCUGCUAUACGACCCGAGCAGCUCGUCAGCGAGCCAGAAGCAGUGGACGAGUUACCUGGUGGCCCACGAGCUGGCCCACCAGUGGUUCGGUAACCUGGUCACGAUGACCUGGUGGACCGACCUCUGGCUCAACGAAGGCUUCGCCACCUACAUGGCUGAUGUAGCCAUAGAUAAUCUGGAGCCGUCUUGGAGGGUGAUGGAUCAAUUCGUUGUGGCGCGGCAGCAGGCGGUGAUGGCUCUGGACGCCCUCCGCUCCUCCCACCCCGUCAGCGUCCCCGUGCACGACCCCGCCCAUAUUAACGAGAUCUUCGACACCAUCUCCUACAACAAAGGAGCUUCGAUCAUACGGAUGAUGAGACACUUCCUGACGGAGUCAGCCUUCAGGAGGGGCCUCCGCACCUUCCUCAGGCAACUGAUGUACAAGAACGCGGACCAGGACGACCUGUGGCUUCAUCUGACGGAGGCGGCGCACAAGGAAGAGACGCUGCUGCACGAUCUGACCGUCAAGACCAUCAUGGAUACCUGGACGCUACAGAAAGGCUUCCCCGUCGUCACCGUCUCGAGGGUCAGUGCGACUUCUGCCGUCGUCACUCAGGAGUACUUCGUGCUGGACAAGACCGCGGCGACGGAGGGCAGCACGACGGCCCGCAAGUGGUGGAUCCCCGUGACCUCUACCACGCAGAUGAGGCCAGAGUUCAAUGACACCAGCGUCAGGUUGUGGCUCAGUGGGGAUGGUACUGAGCCCGUGUCACAACACAUCAGCGUCCCUGAGCCGCACUACUGGGUUAUCUUCAAUGUCAAGCAGACAGGCUACUACCGCGUCAACUACGACCAGGCCAACUGGGAGCUCCUAAUUCAGCAGCUGCAGGAGGAUCACCGCGUCAUACACGUCACCAACAGAGCCCAGAUCAUCGACGAUGCCUUCAACCUCGCCAGGGCAGGUCGCCUGUCCUACAAAACGGCUCUGGCAACGAUCGCGUACCUGGGCCAGGAGGAGGAGCGUGUGCCUUGGGAAGCAGCCUUCUUCAACUUCAAGUACCUCUUCCACAUGUUCUCCCGGGACCCGUCUUACGGCGCCCUCAGGGACUACCUUAUGUCGGUCGUCCUGCCGGCGUACGAGAGGUUGGGGUUCGAGGAGGUCCCUGGGGAGGACCUGCCCAUCAUGCUGCUGAGGUCCAGCGUGCUGACCUGGGCCUGCUACCUCGGUCAUCCUGACUGUCGCAUCAAGUCCCUGAAUCUCUUCAGGAGCUGGAUGGCCAACCCAGAAACUUUCAAAGGGAUCUCUGCCAACGUGGCCGCGACCGUCUACUGCACGGCUCUCAAGGAGGGCGGAGAACUGGAGUGGAACUUCGCCUGGAGGUACUCCAGAACCAAGCCCGUGCCUGAGCUGAAAGACGCCCUCUCCUGCACCACCGAGAUCUGGCUGCUGUUGAGGUAUCUGGAGGGGGCGUUCAAUGCCACGUCGAGUAUCAGGCGUCAGGACGCUGCCAACACCUUCAUGAGCGUUGCUAGCGACGGAGUGGGCACCCUGGUCGCCUGGGACUACAUGAGAGCAAACUGGCAAAAUAUCACAGACUAUAUCGGCAAUACCUUCUUCGCCCUUCCCAAGAUGGUAGAGGCUGUAACCAGAUCCUUCAACACACCGCAACUCCUCCACGAGCUGGAAGAGUUCGAGUGGGUGAACAGGGGUCGGCUGCUGACAGCAGAGCGAGCGACGACGCAGGCGCUGGAGGCGACAAGGAUCAACGUAGCCUGGCGGGAGACCAACAGGGACACCAUCGUAGACUGGCUGAGACAAAAGGGCUUCUCGUCUCACCUCUCAGAUAUAUAAGUCGUACCAUUGCUCCUGAAAAUAUUGAAAAUACAAUACAUUUGUUUUACUUUGCCCUUAUUAACAGGGAAGGCAGUAAUUUUUUUCUUUCUCAAACUGACCAGCAUCUCUAGAAUGAUACGAUCCAAACGUUUCUGGAAGUUGAUGCUGUCUUUCAUGCGGCCUCAGCGCAGGUGCUGGAAGAUGUUGUCUCAUAACCUCAGCAAAAGUUCUGUAUAUUGCUAAAUGAUCGUUUAUUUUAUUGUUUUAUUAUAGGUCCUGAUGGUGUCUCACAUUACCCUUGUUAAAUGAUAUGUAUAUUCUUAGUCUUUAUUAGAGGUAAUUAUUUUGUAUUAUAAUGUGAAUGAUAAAUCCACAGGUACUAUAUGUGAAAAUUGCUUAUGUACAGACACCAAAAGGGGCGUUACAUUAUAAAAUAAAGACUAAAUUCAUA